AUGGGAGGAACACGUUUCAUCGGCUGUUACCUGGUGGCCAAACUUCGCGAGCAAGGCCAUGAUGUUGUUGUGUGCAACCGCGGGAAGACGAAUGGAGGCAAACCCGAACCCCUUCCUGGCGUAAGUGAUGCUGACUAUCAACAGAUGCUGUCGGGUGUCAGUGUGCUGGUGGCCGACCGGAAAGACCCUGCACAGUUGAAAGCUGCCUUGGCUGGUGCUGGAAAGUUUGACAUCGUUUUCGACAACAACGUGCGAAAGUUGGCUGAAGUUCAACCCUUGGUUGAGGGGGGUUCAGAGCACCGGAGGCUGUGA